UGUUUUUUCAGACACCGUAGCAGGUAGGUCGGCCAUGGCGCCAUGCGUGCGCUAGAUGGCCACAUCCAAAUGAACGGGCAGGAACUCGAAUGAUGCUGCUCCUGCUGUUGCAUGUGGUGCUGUCAUGGGCUCAGGAGACGCCGCCUCCUGUUACCUUCGAGGGCAGGACAAGAAUACACUUGACGGUUCGGCACACCUGUCCGAAGUCAAGCCCAGCAGACAGAGUUGCACAGGAUGAGCGACGACACCAAAGACGCAUUCGCCGCAUUGUUCGACGAGGCUUUUAUGCAGAUGAUGGUUGAUUGCCAGCAGCUGGCUGGGGACACAUGCGAUGUGACUGGCUUGGCUGAGUCCAUGAUACAGGUCGGAAACACGCUGAAGAACUCCUUCGAAGCAUGCCCUAUGGGUUGUACCCAUCCUCCAGCCAAUUGCAAGGAUUUCUGGAUGGCUUUCGAAUCGAACCCGGUUGCACUUCGCAACAAAUGCGCCCUGACGAACAAUUGGCCAGGCGUGUGUACAGUGUUUCUGCGUGAGCUGCAAGUCAGAGUGGCAGAUGACACUUGGGAGCUGCCAGUGAUGUGCCGCUUGAUUGAUCCGGGGCUCAACUUGGAGCGCAUGCCACGGUGCAAGGUGCUGGCACAGAUGACUGCAGUGAACCGACUCACACUGCACGACGGCGGCUGUGCUUUCUCCACCAGGGAUGAGUGCAUUUCCAACCUUUGCGACGUGUACAGCCAGUUCACAUGGCGAAUGCAACCACGGAACCUGAUCCCAGAGCGUUUCAAAAUGCCGUUUGAUGACAGCUACGUCAUCCAGGGCUGCGAGGGCCUGGUGCCUCUUGACAUGUACAACCGCCGGGACGAAUGCCCGAAACGACUGGACAUCCUCGGCUUUUGCGACUGCUUGUGCCCAGCCAUGCCGGACGUAGUUAUGCUCGGAGUCACAGACUGCCCGACCAUCGUCGAUGAAUACCUCAUGUUUGGCAGGCUCGGCGUCUCCAACAUGACGUUCGACUCCUUGUGUGAGACGGAGCUUUGCGACGCCUUUAACACUCAGCGGCUCAAGCCAGCCUGCCGGGACACCAAGCUGCCUGGCACCAUGGAGUGCAUUGGGAUGCAGAUUCCCAAGGUCAUGCCAGAGAUGUCACCUUGUCCCUGGAGGAAUCAUUCGGGCGAAGAAAACAUCAUGGAAUGCCUGAAUGGUCAUCGCUGCGACAUCGUCAAAGAAGGGUGGUACUGUUGUGAGCGUCACCGUGGACGAGCCAAGUGCCCUUUAGAGCUGCCGGUGAUGUGCGACACGCUGUGCUCCGGUAUCACUGAGUACUGCUGCAGAACGGAAGGUGAAUGCACUCCGCGAGCUUGCCCAGUCAUCCUUCAGAGGGACCUUGUCUACAAACAGGAUACAACCACUUCAACAACCACGACACCAGAAGGACGUGAUGGCAAUCUGGGAGAUCAAGGCUUGGUCCUCCGCCUUCCGCAAGGAAGCUGGGCAUGGCUCUUGGUGCUGGUCCCUCUCACGGGCGGCCUGGUGUUGUGCUGCUACGUUCGACGCAGGAACCACAAGGUGGACAUGGAGCAGGAGAACGGCGAUGUGUCCAUGGGCCUGCAGUUGGACACCUUCGGCUUCUUCCAUGCCUACAAAGCAGAGAAUCGUGCAAGAGAAGAGACCAGGCCUCGAAUUUGCAUAGUCAUGAGCGAGCUGCCAGACACACGGCCGCUGGGCCUCGAGCUAGUGGAGCUGCGGGUGGUGAGGGUUCACCCCUGGGGCAAGAAGCAUGGCUGGCAGGUUGGCGACAUCAUUGUUGAUAUCGCCGGCCAGAAGGUGACAACAUUCGAAGAGCUCUGGGAGCGUAUCCAGAUGGAACGGAACCGACCCCCAGUUCGCUUCACAGUGGAGAGAUGGAACAUCGCCACCACGGCGGAGGAGGAAAGGGCAGCAGACCUCAGGGAUGAGAAUGUUGCGCUCCAAAGAAAGAAAAGGCAGCUGGAAGAGGACCGGGAGCAGAGGUCCAAGUCGCGCGUGGCCAGCAAGACCAUGAUGGCCUCCACGGAGCCAUCCGGUCCGCGCACAUUGGGUCCGAAUGCUCUGCCUGGUAUGGCGCAUGGCUGGGAUGACGAGUAUGAGGAGGAUGAUGACUUUUCCUACUACUCCGACGAUGAUUCCCGUCUGCAGACGUUUCAGUCAACCUCGAGCUUCCCCACCGGGAAUUUCAAGUCUCGCUUCACCACGGCCUUCCAGGUGCUGGUCAAGGAAGAUCCCAAGGAGAAGACUCCUGAGAAGCCGGAUUCGGAGAAGCCUGAGCCUGUCUUCCCCCAAGACUUGGAGCGUAGGACUUUCCACAAAGACAAGGUUGUUUUCACCAGAGAUGUCUGGGGACGAUCUGUUGUGAAGGUCAUGAACCCAACAAAGCGAAGCCCUGACUGAACCCGAUGGUUUCACCGCGUCCAAGUUGCUUCAAUUUGCCGUCAGGCGAAUGGGCAAUUGUCCGAUUGGGCAUGCGGAGGUAUGGUUUUCUCCUGUC